CUCAGCUUCAUCACCCCGCCGCUCUCCUGGUACAGGAUUCUUCUUCUCUGGUUUCCCGCACGCCUCCCGCGCUUACCAUGGCCACCAUUCAGCAACUGGUAGGAAGAUGGCGCUUAGUGGAGAGCAAAGGCUUCGAUGAGUACAUGAAGGAACUAGGUGUGGGAAUGGCUCUGCGGAAAAUGGGUGCCAUGGCCAAACCAGACUGUAUCAUUACUUUUGAUGGCAAAACCCUCACUGUAAAAAGUGAGAGCACAUUGAAAACGACACAGUUCUCAUGUAACCUGGGAGAGAAGUUUGAAGAAACUACAGCUGAUGGCAGAAAAACUCAGACCAUCUGCAACUUUGUAAAUGGUGCAUUGGUUCAACAUCAGGAGUGGGAUGGGAAGGAAAGCACAAUCACGAGAAAACUGGAAGGCGGGAAAAUGUUGGUGGAAUGCAUCAUGAACAAUGUCACCUGUACACGGACCUAUGAAAAAGUUGAGUAAAAAUUCCAUCCUCCUUCUGGACAGGAGUUAGCUGUGAGGAUAAACAAGCUCAGUUCAAUGAGCAAACCUCCCCAUGCUUUUUUCCCCCAUUACUGUUCUGUUAUCUUCAUUGCAAACAUUUUACAUGCAACUAUUUCCAAGUGUUAGUUUAAUUAGAACCAACCCUUUGGUUAGUAAAUAAAUGUGUUUAUGCUAUA